AGUAACAGUAGCGCCACUAACCGCGUGAAUCACGAGUACACUCUGUACAUCAACCAGUUGAAAAUGGCCGCUUGAAAGUUGUUCUUAAAAUGUGUGCUGCGAUAAUCUGUCAUAUUACAAUGGAAUCCUUCGGAUUUAAUGAAAAAUCUAAGCGAAGCAUUGUGCCCGACGUAACGAGAUUCACUGAAAAUUCUUUGUUCGAAGUCAACAAGUGUGCCACAUCAAAAAAUCAGUUGCACUGCGAGCAAGAUUGCCUACGUGAUUGUGGUUGUUGCGGCUGUGGGAGCUAUCUUUGUUUACAGCAAAGAAGAUUUAUGAGAACUAAGAGAGGUGGUAAAGGAGUACCAGCGUGUUGAAUAAUUAAACUGAGAAUGGAAAACAUGUAUUCGAUGAACGAUACGUUGAACACGGGAAGGAGAAUGUCAAAUCCGAAGCAAGAAAACAUGCUUUACAGUGUGUUCAAUGCUAUUAAUAUGAUCUGGGAACGAUUUGCCAAAGUUCCUGCAUCGGUUAUGGCAGGAUUUAAUUAUCCGUUAUCAGUGACAGUAGUAAAUAACGAAGGAAUAAUUUCUCAUGAAUUUUUUAAAGACUUGGCAACUAAAAAGGAUACGUUGAACACUGAUAAUGUAUAUAUUCAGAGUUCUCCGAUAAAAGAAUCUUUAAAUAUUAUUGAAAAUAUUCAUCAUAGUAUGUUUGAUGAACAGAAAUUGUACCUAAGUAGAAUAUUUAAUGAAAACACAAUGAAAAAUUUAAAACUUAGCUACGAUUAUAUUAGUACGAAAAACAAGGCUAUAGACAAAUCUGGUGAAGAAAAGUCAGUUAUUACAGAACAUUGUAAUCACUUACUACCAACUAAAAAAUCAUACGAAGGAAAUAUAGAAGACCCGUUUGAACACGUUUAUUUAGAUAGUACAAAGAACAUGAAAAAUAUCCACAACUGUAAAUAUAUCAAUGAUAGUCUUUCUAACAAGGAACAGUUUUCUGAUUGCAUCGAGAGUAGUGUAAAUGAUAAAGUAAAUGUAAACACAGAACCAUUUUUGUCCACGAUCGAUACAAAACUAGAAAGCAUACAACUAAUUAAACAGGUUUCAGUGUCCAAUAUGUUGACGAGUAUGUGGCAAAAGGUUUGUGAUAACGUAACAGAUCGAUUCUGUAGAACAGACUCAAUUGAAUCGGAUACAACAAUGAAACGAUCACUCUCGCCGAAACAACGAAGAAAACAUAACACUAUAGCAAAGGGCAGAGGUCGAGGUCGUGCAAGAUCACAACUUAGGCGUUCCGGAGUAAGUCAAACCAGACACAGGAAGGAACGCACUAAGCACGACCUUACUGCAGACAUACAAAACGAUUUGAAAAACUGGCAAGACUACGAAGCAUACCAUGAAGUAGAGAAUAAAGAAUCAGAAGACUGUUUUAGCUUAGAUGAAGACAUGGUAGAUGGAUUAGGUACUACAGAGACAGUUAACCAUGCGACAUUUACAUUUGCUGAUGUAGAACCAAAAAUUCAGAAACCAAAAACACAUAAAACCUGCGGUCAAGGAAUGUUAGAGUUACCUACAAGAAUGAGAUAUAUACCCGAGUGCAUAAAAGCCAUGAGUAUUUUCAAUGAAGACUUCACAGAAAACAGAUACAAUGCGCAGAGAGCGCGCUUUCGACCACGUUUAAUGUCAGAAAGUUCUAUCGAUUCGGAAGACAGUUCCUGUAUAGUUUUUGAAGCGGAAUCUGAAGUAACUUAUAGAAAUGAUCUUGAAGACACGGAUGAGAGCGACGCAGACCAAAGUAGUUACGAUGACGAGGAUGACGACGACGACGACAACGAUGAUGAUGAUCACACAUGCAAUCUCAGAGAACUAAUUUCUCCAGUUCAGAAAGUAAAAUUUAAUUUGAAUCCGAGAGUUCAUGUAAUGGUACAAUGGGAUUUUGCGUACCGUGCUGCUCGUAAAGGCCCGUGGGAACAAAUGGCUAGAGACAGAGAACGAUUUAAAGGUCGUAUUAAUUGUAUAGGGCGCAUUCUUAACCCGAUAUUAACUACUCAACACCGAACUCACAUUUGGCAGGAAAGAUUUGCACGUAUUGAUAAAAGUUUAUAUUCACCGUCCGCCUAAGGUAAUCCUCUGUAAGAGCUCCAAAUGUUGCAUAACAUAAUAUAGAAGAGAUGAUAUAUUGAAACAAGAGGGAGUAUGUAUAAUAUGUCUUCCAAAAUAACAAAAUAGGCUGUGAAUAAAUAGUGUAGAACAUUUGUUUUAAAAGAUAUUGUUUUCUUUUUCUUUUUCUUUCUUAAAUUACAAUAAUAUGGGUAGUCUGUUCACUGUUUAUAAUACGUUACUGUUUACUGCACAUUAAAUAAUUGAUCGAAUUAUAAAUGUAAAAAAAAAACUUCGAGUUUAGAUUUUUGCCAGUGGCUAGUCUAAUACUUGUUGGAAUACCAGACACUAUUGAAGCUUAUUUUAUGUACCGCACAAAUUAUGUUAGGUGAUAGACUUAAUUAAACGAGGACAUCGCUUUUAUAAUGAUAGUAGACUAUUGCUUGAACAAUAACUAAUUUGAUAAUAUUUUAUUGAUGAAAGAUCUUAUUAUAUCACCUAUUAUAAUUUCAUAAAUAAAAUCUUAUUGUACAUAAGAAAAGGUUAGAAUAAAGAGGAUGUAGGUUAUGCAAGUCGGAGUACAUUGUUCAUAAACAUCUUUAACAAAUUUUCUCUUUGAAAGAGAUGGACUCAAAAUCAGUUUAAAUAUUCCUGUAGUAUAAGAAAAUAUUCAUAUAUAUGUAAAUAAUACAUGCAUAUAUAUUUUUAGUUGAAUUAUCUCAUCUUCGUUAGGGUACCAAGAGUAGAUAUUAUGAUUAAUGCACUAGUCAUUAAAAAUGUAUAAAUUAUCAACCUUUUUCAAUAUAUUGAAAAAAAACAUAUUGGAAGAUGUUAUUUAUCCAUACUUCCCUUUUUCGAACAUAUAUUAUCAUCUCUUCUUCCAUACAACUUUCAUUGUAUAAAAAUUGGAACUAUUUUGUCAAAUACUUUUAAUAAUAAAAUAUAUUUGAAGUAGGUAAAUUGAAAUUACGUGAUUUAAGUCACGUACGUUUACAUCGUUAAAUGCAAAACAUAUAUUAGAUUUUAUAUGGAACAAUACAACUUAAGACUUGCAUUAAGAUUGUACAGUUAAGAAUAAAAUAAGCAGACAAUAUUGCUACUUUUUCGAAACAAAAAGAUGUCUUGUAAAAUUUCCAAACUGUUUUAAUCUUUCGUUAUUUGAAGCGAAAUUGCGUUAUUAAUGUUUUUAAACUAAAGUUUUUAAAUUAACUUUAAAGUUGUUCCAUAAAUUAAUCAUACGUUUUCAAUAUUUCAACUGUAUUAGUAAUAAAUGAAUGUCCAUUUCCUAUGUGCAAAUGUUUCAUUAUGAAUUGGAAUCCAGAAUUACAUAGUAAACUUCGUGUAAGAAUAGUAAUAUGCUUUGCAAUAAUGAGUUUCUAACAGGACACACAUAAUGUUUAUGCCAUAUAAAACUAAUUAGAUCAUUUUACAUUAUUCGAAAAUGUAUUACUACGAAAUUUGACUUAAAAAUUGCUACUGUUUCAAUAAUAUCGAAGUUUUUAAAUGAAAACCUGAGAAAAGAAACUUGACCAUUUGAUGUACAAGGUACAUUAAAAUAUGUAAUGGCAAUAAAAUAAAAACUGCAACUAAACUAAAGAUUUACUAUCACGAGUAUGUAUAACUUUGUAUUUAAUCUCUUUAGUUGUAGCAAGGUAAAUAUAAUGCAGAAAAAACAGCAACAUUUUUAGUUCAAAACUUGAUUCAUGUUUUAAUAUAUACACAUACCAUGUAUUUUAUUUUCCAAUUAUGCAAUAUUCUAUUUUCAUUUCCUUUAGUAUUAAUUUUGUAUAAAACGUAAGCAUGUAAAAAUUCUAUACAAUAAUCUAAUGAUGUACUAUAUGUAUUUAAACAAAAAUGUUAACAUUUAAUAUGUGUACAUAUUAUAAAAGAUAAUAUAUAUACACAAUAACAUUGUUCUAUAAAUCAUGUAAUUGAAUUAUUGUAAUUUACUUUAUUUAUAACUAUUUAACAAUGAUUUUUCCAUUUAUAACACAUAGAUUGGCUUUAAUCUGCAACGUAUAAAAGUGGUAGACAAUCCUUGUUUAUCAUUACAAUUGUUUAAUAUUUAAUUGGGGGAUAUUUUGGAAAGUAGAAUAUCUAUGUAUUUAAGAGAAUACACUAUAUAUGUAUAUAUUUAAUUGAAUAAACAAGUUAAUCUGUUUUGUAAUUGUCUAUAAAACAUAUUGGAUAAUUUAUUUGAGUACCACUAUCAUUAAUGACUUAGAAUACAAUUCAUUUUGUAGGAGUGUGUUACAGAUGGCCAAUAAUUUUCUGUCUGAUGUUGCAUGGUUCUAAAUAAUUUAAUGACAAUAAAAUGAAAGAAAGUCAUAAGGUGCUAAUAUUUA